AUGUCGGAACUUCUUCAGCGAAAUAGUUGUUCAUGUGCCCGCUUGUGUCAGAAACAGAAAGUUCGUCAUGACCUCAUAAUCAAAUGCAAAUAUUAUCAGGAACAAGAGCAGGAGGUUGUGGACACAAUCGUUGGUGUGAUCGAUAAGCAGACCGGCUCAGACGGGCUUAACAUUGAACCGGCCGCAAAGGCCAUCAAGGACGCCCUUGACAAACAGUACGGAGCGCAGUGGCACUGCAUCCUCGGAAAAGGCUUUUCCUACGACGUCACAGCGCAAACCGGGAGCUUAAUGUACAGCUACAGAUCAUUCAGAUCUUCAUCUUGAUUUUCUUCGGUUUUGAUUUAUGUCGCUGGUUUCGUCUUGAUAUAAGUAUGAAAAAAAUCAGUAUGAGCAGAUCCUCUUCACAGCAGGAGAACCAGCGGGAAAUAAACAGCUACACUAUACACGACUUCUCAGGUUGGUGUUCUAUCAGGGUGAAGUCUCCGCGUUGGUGUUCAAGUGCUGACUUUAUUUUCGACACCGAACCUGGCGGAAGAGGGGGGAGAUAAAAAUCGAACGCAUUUUAUUGAGCUGCGAACGCCGACGAGCAACUAGCUGCUGUUUAUUGUGCUUUUACUGUUCCAAUUACAUCACCAGAUACGAAAAUGCCUUCGCGUGGUCAGAGUACAGUAAACGUUGUUCUACGAGAAGAAGAGCAACAAGCGAAAAACUACAGCGGAGGACCACGCUGAAGUGUGACGAGACAACGAACUUUUGCGAUAAUCUAUCUGCUGCUAACGCCUUUUGAAUUUGUACCAAAUUCGACCAUUGUAUAAAAAGAGAACAAGACAAGGACACCAGUGAACCUCCGCACCUCCGCCCGUGCGUGAUGCGCAGCCGCGUUUCUUAAGGGCGAAGAGCGUACUCAUAUCUUCGUUGCGGCAUGCCUGGAAGAGCU